AUGUAUUUUAUAAUUGGUAUUAUUGUGCUAAUCUUAGCUACAGCAUUUUUAAUAAUAUCCAGAAGAAAAUCUGGAGGUUAGACAGUUAAUGCUGAUAACUCAGUAAUUUUUAUUGUUGGGGAUAAAAACGCAGGAAAAACUUCCCUUUUGUAUUGUGUAAUAAUUAUAUAUAUGAAUAGCUUUCAAAUUAAAAUUCGUCAAUAUAAACAACUAAUUCAAUUGAGCCUAAUUAAACAGAAUUAGUAAAGCCAAAUAAUUAAGGUGUUAUAGUUGUAGAUGUCCCUGGGAAUAAUUAUCAAAAGGAAUAGUUUUUGAAUAAAAUAUAAGAAGCUAAGAAAAUAAUAUUAGUUACUGAUUCAUCUGAGACUUCUUAAAUUGGAGCCACAGCAGCUAUACUAUAUAACAUUUUAAUUUCAAUUCCAUUUUAAAAAUCAAAAAUUCCAAUUUUGAUAGUAUUAAACAAAUAGGAUAAAGAGAAAGCAUAUAAGGCUCCUGAUUUUGAGAUGUUUUUAUCAAGGGAAAUGUAAUUUAUAAAUUUAUUUUUUAAGAGAAAAAAUAAAAAAAUCAAGAAAAGCAGUUUAAGAAUAAAGAGAGAAUACGAAUGAUAGAAUAAGAGUAGCAUAUAAAUUUAUUUAAUUAGUUUUAAGAGAAUUAAUUUGAUAUCAAUGAUUUUCCAACCAUUAAAAUAGUUGAACAAAGUGUUAAAGAUUGUAAUAUUUAAGAGGUCUAAAAGUUUAUAUUUAAUUGA